UGAGCCUCGUUUUAGAAUUGGAAAUAUUCGGUCAAGAUGGCGGAGGUUGCUCAUUCAGACACAAGCAGUCCUGACACUGACAAGGACUUUGAUCCAUCAGCUGAUAUGAUGGUUCAUGAUUAUGAUGAUGAGAGAACACUUGAUGAGGAAGAGGCAAUGACUAGUGGAGAAAGUUGUACAGGAGAACUGGAUGAUUUACAAAAGGAGAGUGAAAUGCCUAUUGAGGAUCUCUUAGCGCAGUAUGCUGCAGGUGCAGGAGGUGCAGAUGAGUUAGCUGACAAUUCUCAAUCAGGUCCAUCUUCAAGCAGUGAGGAGGAAAUCUUAGAUGGUCAAAACCCUAAUUUGGCCAAGGAUGUCAACUCACAGAAUGUUUUAAACGAUGGUGCAGAAGACAGGGACACAGAAAUCAGUGAACUGAUACAUAAUGUGUCACGCUCACAGACUGGUAGGCUACUCAGAUCAACUAGUCAUCCAGAAAGUGACGAUUCAGAAUCCUCUUCUGAUGAUGAAAAUUAUGAGCCAAUUGAAGAACAUAAAAAGACUAUCCAGGUUGGGUCAGACUUUCAGGCAGUUAUUCCUGCUGGUCUUUCAGCAUAUGGUGAUGCCCCUGCCUAUGAAAAUGAAGACAGAUUGUUGUGGGAUCCAUCCAAAAUUAAGGAUGAAAAUGCUCUCAAUGAUUAUUUAUGUAAUGUCCAAAGAGAAGUAGACAGGAAACUUCAUACUGUCGCAACUAUCCCCAGGGGAAAGCAUAUUCGUGAUGAUGAGCAGGCCUUGUUUCUGUUGCUUCAGUGUGAUAACAAUAUUGAAGAGGCAGAGCGAAGGCGUAAAAUGCAGGCUGUCCCCCCAACAGAUGUUAUGAGCCUGUGGUCAGAGGAUGAAUGUCGAAAUUUUGAGGAUGGUCUACGUUUAUAUGGGAAAAACUUUCAUGAAAUACAUCAUAAUAAGGUGCGCACUCGUUCUGUUUUUGAAUUGGUGCAUUUUUAUUAUUUGUGGAAAAAGACGGAGAGGCAUGAUAUAUUUGCUGCCAAGACCAGAGCAGAAAAAAGAAAAUAUUCAUUAAACCCUGGUGUCACAGAUCACAUGGACAGAUUCCUCGAAGAACAGGAGGUUGAAUUGAAUCAAAUAAUGGCCCCGCAAUCUUCAGAUUCUAAAAUAGAAAUAUCUGAGGAUGAUCAUGCAAAGACAAAUGUUGGUCUAUUUAACACCGGAAAAACAACCAUCAUGUCUCCAUCUAGACAGUUUGAUAGAAACUUGCCAAAAAGUGGUGAUGGUCCUGCAAAACGUUUGCAUCAUCACCAUCACCACCAUGGUGAAAUGAAUGGUUCACAUAAUGCUGACAACCCUUCUGAUCAUUUAGUGCCAAAGAAGUUAAAGUUAGAAAGUUUACAGUCGCCUUUAGAUCAGAAUUCUCCCAAAAAGCAGAAGCUUUUAGAUCAUUCUCAAGAAUCCAUAGCUGCAUUAUCACAACCAUUGCUACCUUCAUCUCCAUACAAGAGCUUGAUAAAAGCUGAGAGAGCUUCCGAGCAAGCAAGCCAACCAAAGCAUAUAGAAUGCAACCCACCAGAAUCAAGUAUUGACAACAGCACCAACACUAGAAAUGAGGGCUUUAACUUAUCUGAAAAAAUUCAAUAUAAUGAGCUUCCAAGCUUGUCUUCAAAUUCUAUAAGGUCGGUUGGUCAAAUUUCUACUCCGCCAACUAUAUUGGGCAAACCAUUGAACAUUGUGGGUGAGAGUGGUUCAGAGCUGAUAAACAACAAAUCCGUGACAUGAUCAACCCCGUCCCAUUAGUAGUAUCCCGUCGCUGUACCACCAUGUACUUGUUGUGAAUUGCAUUUAACUUAAAGUGACUAAAACAGUCUUGUUAAAAUUAACUCAGAAAGGUGCGGUAGUUGAAUUGUCUGUAACCAAUUGUACAUAGUUCUUUUUCCACGCAAUAUAAUUUUUGAGAUAGUUUGCACAUGCUAUUAUUGUUAUAGCUUGAAUGUGUAAUAUUUUUUUGACAGUAUUUGGGAUUUUCAUUUUGUUUUGUGGAAAUAAAUGUGCUACCUAGAAUAUUUGUACCAUAAUAAAUUUUUAUAAAUCCUUUAUAUAUUUUUUCAUACUAGUAAUGUUGAAGAUUAUUUAACCAUACUACUAAUUUAUUGAUCAGUUAAAAUUAUUUUUUGAAGGGCAGCAAAGUAGUCAAAAUAGGUGGAACGUUUACAUCAGCAUUGUUUGGUAGUGUCUAAGUUAAGAAUAAGACGUGGUGAUAAAAAGUUUUUAGUAAAUUAGAAGAUUAUUAUAUUACAAAAGACUUUUAUUAAAACUAUUUACUUUUAUUAAAACAAUUGUAAAACUCACAAUCCUUUAGGUAAAGAAAAUUAUAGACCACAGAAGGGAUUUAAUACUGUAUUAAAAGUCUAGUAAUUUGCUAAAUUACAUUAUUACAAUUUCAUUUUGUGAUAUUAUACAAGGUACUCUAUACAAUUAUGAAUAUUGCUUUCCAAGUCAGCAGUAUGAAUAAUUUCUGGCUUGUUUUCAUUUUGAGAAAGCAAAUUACUCUUGACAAAAUUUCAAAAACUAAAUAUUUCAUAAUUUAUUUAGUUUCUUUUUAUGCAUUUCCAAAAUGCUUUAUAUUAAAGUGUGUUUGAUACAGUAUUUUGUAGAAUUAUAUUGACAAGUUCAAAACUAAAACUGGUUUUAAUCCAAUCGCAAAACGUGUUGAACAUUGGUUGAAUACCUAUGUAAUACUGUAUUUAUGUAGUAUUUGUAUAUACGCUGUUUGUUAUGAUAUAGAUAUACAUGUGCUGUUUAACAAGGACUGUAAAAGCAGGAUGCAAGCUGUCAUUACAGAGAUUAUUUAUUUGUCUUAAUGUUUAAAAUGUGUGAUCAUAAAGGCCAUCUUAUGGUGUGGCUAGAAUAACUUUCUACAUUUAACGUCAUGUUUGUUUUAACAAUCUUUUAUGCUAAUGGAUAUUCACAAAACAUUUGUAUCUACUUCACAAUAAAAAGUUAAAGAAUUA